AUGUUAUUGAGAAUUGGUCCCAAGGGCCUGCGAGUUAGGGCUUCCCGUCCUUUAUACGAAUUGGGAGCUCUACGCGGGGGUUAUCGUGCAUAUACAGCGACGGCAAGACGUUGGCAAGAUGUUUUUCACUCGCAGACAGAAGAUCCAGCUUCUUCAGCCAUUUUAUCCUCCCUGAAAACCACACCUCGAGUUGCGCAGACCCUCACAGAGAAAAUUGUUCAACGAUAUUCCCUUGGACUUGCAAAGGAUAAGUUUGUGAAGUCUGGAGAUUAUGUUACCCUGUCCCCGCAUUACUGCAUGACCCAUGACAAUUCUUGGCCUGUCGCAACCAAAUUCAUGUCGAUUGGCGCAACUAAAAUCCACAAUACGAAUCAAAUAGUUUGCACCCUCGACCACGAUGUACAAAACAAGAGCGAAACAAACCUUAAGAAAUACAAACAAAUUGAGGAAUUUGCACGGCAACAAGGGGUGGACUUUUAUCCGGCAGGACGAGGAAUUGGACAUCAGAUCAUGGUAGAGGAAGGAUAUGCUUGGCCUGGAACUGUCACCGUCGCUUCAGACAGUCAUAGUAAUAUGUAUGGAGGUAUUGGAUGCUUGGGUACGCCUAUGGUACGAACAGAUGCGGCAAGUAUCUGGGCAACAGGUCGAACAUGGUGGCAAAUUCCACCAAUCGCCAAGGUAACCCUUACUGGAGUGUUACCGAUUGGAGUUACAGGGAAAGAUGUUAUCGUUGCACUUUGCGGUUUGUUCAACAGUGAUGACGUUCUGAACCAUGCCAUUGAAUUCACGGGAUCGGAACAAACGAUGCGCAGUCUCUCUGUCGAUGACAGACUUACUAUCGCAAACAUGACAACGGAAUGGGGUGCUUUAUCAGGAUUGUUUCCAAUCGACUCAGUCCUCGAGUCCUGGUUAAGAUAUAAGGCUACCACAAGCGCAAUGUUUGCUCCCGAAAAUGGCAAGGAACCCCGCUUUACCCAUGCUCGUAUUGAUGAUCUCGUCCAAAACCAGCUUGUAGCAGAUAAGGGAGCUACAUAUGCUAAAUCUUUAUACCUCAAUCUUUCAACUCUCUCUCCUUACGUGGCUGGCCCUAACAGUGUCAAAAUUGCCACACCUAUCCGCGAUUUGGAAGCCCAAAAGAUCAAGCUCAACAGGGCAUACCUCGUUUCGUGCACUAAUUCUCGUGCUUCCGAUCUCGCUGCUGCUGCGAAGGUUUUCAAGGACGCCGCUGAGUCUUCUCCUGAUAAGACUAUUCCUAAAAUCGCCGAGGGUGUCAAUUUUUACAUUGCUGCUGCUUCCAUCCCUGAGCAAGAGGCUGCCGAAGCGGCAGGUGACUGGCAAGCACUUCUCGCAGCUGGUGCACAACCCUUACCAUCUGGAUGUGGUCCUUGUAUCGGUCUCGGUACUGGAUUGCUAGAGCCAGGCGAGGUUGGUAUUAGUGCAAGUAACCGAAACUUCAAAGGACGCAUGGGAUCCACCGACGCCAAGGCAUAUUUGGCAAGUCCGGAGCUUGUCGCCGCUAGUGCUCUAAGUGGCUAUAUCUCCAGUCCUGGAUGGUACGAGCAACCCGUUGGGGUUAACAAAGUCGUUCUAGGUGAAGGUAAUGGAAAUGUUGAAGAGGACAAAGCCAUUAGCAUCGAGGAAGCACUCGAAAAACUUAUCUCGCAAGCAGAGUCGAUUGUCGACGGAGCUGAGUCUAGCCUUUUCGGCACUUCCUCGAAAUCUGACGAAACUGAAACCGAAACUUUGACUGAGAUCCUCCCUGGUUUUCCAGAAAAGGUUGAGGGAGAGAUUGUUUUUUGUGAUGCCGAUAACGUCAACACUGAUGCCAUCUAUCCAGGAAAAUAUACCUACCAAGAUGGUGUCUCGGUUGAAAAAAUGGCCGAAGUGUGCAUGGAGAAUUACGAUAAGGAAUUCCGCACAAUCGCUCGUGAGGGUGAUAUUCUCGUCUCUGGUUUCAAUUUCGGAUGUGGUAGCUCAAGGGAGCAAGCUGCUACGGCGAUCCUCGCCAAAAAGAUUCCUAUGGUAGUUGCUGGAAGCUUUGGAAACAUUUUCUCCAGAAAUAGUAUUAAUAACGCUCUAAUGGGAGUAGAAGUUCCAAGACUGGUACAAAGAUUGAGGGAGCACUUUGCUGCUUCUGCACCAGUACCAAAGAAAGAGGUUACUGAGCCAAGUGAAAACAGCGAAAGUCUUGACUCACCAAAGCCAGCUGAACAAGCUGUGCCACAAGGAGAGAAGAUCUUGACUAGAAGAACAGGAUGGAAGUUUGUGUGGGACGUUAGACGAAGCAAAGUAGAGGUACAGGAAGGUGAAGGCGGAGAGAAGUGGAGCCAAAAGGUUGGAGAAUUACCACCCAAUGUGCAAGAGAUUAUUGCUAGAGGAGGUUUAGAGAAAUGGGUAAAGGCAGAGAUCGGGAACAACUAA